CUAUCAUAAUAACCUCGAAACUGUCUUUCUUAAUACUCAAGUCAAACCUCCAAACCUUAAUCCUACUCACGGAAUUUCACGAAAACCCAAAACCACCCUCGGUGUCCGGAGCCCACGUCACUGACUCAACCGACCUAAUCGCGGGGACAGAACCGUAAUUUCUAGCACCGCUUUAUCUCUCAGCCAGUUAUCCGGUCUUCUAUAUAAAAUAUGGAGCGGCAAAGCUUUUGGUUUCCCAGGAGUUCCUGUUGGUGCUGAGAUUCUCAAAAUCGCACAGAGCUUCUCACCAAAAAAAAAAAAAGAAAAAAGAAGAAAAAUUUGCAGAAAAUAAUUUGUAGAUUUUUUAUUUUUUAUUUUUGGAUCGGUUAAUCGGAGAUGAAUAACGAUAGCAGCAUCAAAGCAGAAAUGGUGCUGUCCAGAGUAGGGAAUUUUAGUUCGGAGAAAAUUGUAAAUGUGAGUAAUAACAACAGACUGAAGAUUGGGGUUUGUCCGAAGCAGCAGAAUCCAUCCUCGUCGUCGUCAUCAAAUGCCGCGCCUUUUGAUCGUCAAGCCCAAUUCCUGGUCCAGAAUCACGCGAAUUUCAGGAAGAGCGCCGAACCGGGUCGGGUCAUGUUCUACGAUACCGACGGGUCGUGGGUCGAUUACCCGGAGGAGGUGCUGAGCUCCGUGAAAUGCGGGUUUCGGGAAGGGAAAGCGAUGGUCGAGGUAAGCUUGGAAGGUCGCCUUUGUCUUUUUGAUUUUUAUAGGAUGUUAGAAAUUGAGUUUGAUUCUGGUCAUGAGAGGUCAAUUGCUUGGAUUGAUGUGAAUGGUCAGUGUUUUUUCCCCAAAGCCUUUGUUAAUUCUAGUGUGGAUGGUUGUGAUUGUGAUGAAAACGCUGGAUUUGAGGGGUUUGUUGGUGAUAACCCUCAGAAGAUUUCAAUUGAGGUCAAAAUUGUAGGUGAUUUUGAUAAUCAAGAGAAUUUGUAUAAAAGGAAGAGAGAGUGUGAGGAUAUUGAGGUUGAUCAAGUUGUAAAGGGUCAACCAGAGAUGAGUUCUUCUGAUGUUAGGAACCAUGGGGCGAAAAAGCAUAAAGGUAGUGGAAUGGAGGCGGCAAAGUGGCCUAAGACGAAAGUUUUGAGGGAAGGAGAUAAGGAAUAUGGGAUUGUUAAGGGAUUGUUUUUAUCAUGGCUUGGUAGAGUGGAGCCUGGAGCUACAAUCACUAGGAUUCAUCAGUGUACCAGGAAUGGACCAUUGGAGAAGGCAAGGUAUGCAACUUUUACCGAGCAUAUCGAGUAUGUGAAGAAAACUAGAGGGGAUUCCAAUACUGUUUUUGCAUGGUAUGGGACGUCCGCCAAGGGUGUAGAGUGCAUUUUGGCUCGCGGGUUUGGAAUGCCUGAUGAGGUAAGGCGUCCCCAGCCUCAUGGUGUUGGUGUAUACUUGUCGCCUAUUAAGUCUCCGCACACCAGUACAAUGUUUUCGGAAGUUGAUGAUAAUGGCGAAAAGCAUGUAAUUUUAUGUCGAGUCAUAUUGGGUAAAAGUGAAAAGGUGAUGAGUCCAAACCAAAUGUGGCCGUCAAGUCCAGAUUUUGACUCUGGUGUGGAUGAUUUAGCCAAUCCGAAGUGGUAUGUUGUGUGGCAUAACAAUGUGGACACAUGCAUUUUGCCAGAGGUGGUGGUUAGUUUCAGAGGUGCCAAUCACGUCCAAGGUCAAGCUAAUGGUAUAUCAACUGUGAAGUCGGCUGUGAAGUCGGCCACUCCUGCAUUAGGUGUCACUAUUCCUGAAUUGAUUUCCAAGCUUGCGAAGUCUUUGCCUUCCCCUAAAGUUAAAGAAUUGCUAACUUUGUCAGGUUCAUGGAAGGAUGGGAAACUGGGGAAAGAUAUGUUUAUGCAGCAGUUGAGAUCAGUUGUCGGAGAUGAGAAGCUGCGUGAAGUUAUUCAUGAGAUUCGUGGCUGAGAUGGCUUUCUCACCGGUUCAUUUCAUGGCUAGGAAUUAAUGAACUAUCCCAUACAUAGACGUUUACAAUUAAUACAGAAGCUGUAGAAUCAUAGUUUCAAAGAGGGAAGCCUCAAAUACAACAUACAGUUUAGGCUUUUGCUUUACUGAAGUGGAACUUGUCAUACCGUUUGUACAACUGACAGUGGAGUUAUGUAGUGUUGUUGUUGUUGUGAUGAUUAUAGGUGACUUAACUUUCUUAAUCUCAGUAAGAUAUUCUUAUUUAAUUUUCUCUUGGAGCUUUUGGUGCUGUGUUGGUGUUCAUCUGUGUUUGAAUUAUACCGUGUAUUGGUAUGUGGUGGUCGUCACUGGUUAUGAAUUACAUCAUAGUCAAUCUGACAUGUCAUGGCUCUUCAUGUUGUUGGAGUAUCAAACUGUCCAUGCCUCAUCAUUGUAGUGUGUUUUAGCUGUGGCGUAUUAUUUCGUGUUCCGAUUAGUGUGUAAAGUUGAAGUUGAUGUUGGCCAACUUAUGACAUUGAUAACAAUUUUGGAAGGUGUAGAUGAGGUGAAGAGGUUUCAUGUACGUUCGUUGAUAACUCUUAGAGCAGAGUUCAUGAGAAGCCUGCGUGCUGGAGUGCAGCCAGAAACUGGCCGACCUUUGUCCUUAUUAAAUGACAAUUUUGUUGCAUUCAUGGGAGAAAGAAAAAGAUAUCCACGGACUACUUGUGUGUCAUAAUCGUUGCAGCGACCUAGAAGUCAGAAUAUGCUUUACUGAGAAGAGAAUGAGUUGAAUUAGGAAGAUAAACGAAGGGAGAACCUGUCUUAUGAUUAUCAAGGAAGCAGCAGCAAGAGGCUUGAGAAAUUGUCACAUUAAAACAGACGAUCAACUAAUGGUGAAUGUUCGAGAGUUGCAAUGAUUACAGUCCAACUAAAGUGAUUGUCUUAGUUUGAGGAAAUUAGAUUGUUUCAAGAUUAGCCUUUCAGGUUGUAAAAUUAGGAAAAGAGUGUCGCUCCUUUGUCAAUUGUGUGGAGAAUUGCUAUCAGAAAUCAGAAAAGAGAACUCUGCCACAAAAUGAAGAGCAUCACUUGCAGACUAUCUGACUAUGGACAAAGCACAAUCACAGGCACAAUCCCAACAUGACUACAUAGUUAGAGUUGAUGGAGCUUUUCAAGAUUCACAUAAAAAAGGAGGUGCAGCUUGAGAAAUCAUAACAAAUGCAGGAACAUAUGUAGCCCACGAAUAUCAAACUUUCUACUCAUCUUCUCCGAUCAUGGCAAAGCGAAGGCGUGUCUAAUCGGUUUGCAAGCAAUCAUCAAUAAAGGCAUAAUUUCGUGUCAAUUGCAGACUGGCAGCAAAAUCAUAGCUGAAGCCUUGGAAAAAAAAGGAGGAAUGGUUCCCUACCAUGUUGUUGUUCUUCUUAAAGACAUCAAAACGCUUUCUCAAAUAAUCCAUGUUUCUAACUUUAGAGAAGUGGGUAGAUUCAUCAUAGAAAAUGUUCACAACAUGGCUAAGGCCUCUCUAGCCUCAGGUCUAAACCUUGUAAGCUCUUCUUAAUCAUUAAUACUAUAUGAAGAAACUUAUCC